GACAUUAGGACCACUGUCCUCACUGGCAAAGCGAGCAUGAAGACCUCAACUCAUCUCGGUCGUCCUUUGGUGCUGGUGGCGCUGCUGGCUGUGUCCUGGGCCGCGGCUGCCCCUCUCCAGAUUGUGACGGAAAAGGGGGACGUGAGGGAUGAGCUGCAGGCGUUCUUUGAGCAGAACCCGUCCAUCGCUGAAGACCUGUACCCCGAGUUAUUGGAGCUGGCCUCUGACGUGGAAGUGACGGUGGACCAAGAGGAUGUGCUGGAUCUGCUUGACGGCUACGUGAGAGAGUCGACUGUGGAGGAGAUCGAGGAGGAGCUUGAGAGGGAAGAGGAGGAAGAGGAGGAAGAGCAAGAACAGCCAAGAAAGAAAAGACAAACAAUUACAGGGAAUCUUCACAGCUCCAGAAAUGCUUACGGAAAGUCCAUCGGAGGCUCCCUUGGUCUGAGCCAUUCCUGGGACAACGGACGCCACUCCUUCAACGGCAACGUCGGGGCAACCAAGCACACCGUCAACGGGCUGGGCAGCGCCAACAGUUACAGCGCAGGCGUUGGGUACAACUUCCGCCCCAACAAGAGAACUUCCUUUGGUGUCAGUGCCCACAAGACUAUGAUUCCUGGGGGCGGCAGCUCGCAUGGCUUCGGUCUCUCCUUCUCUCACAAGUUUGGACGCUAGGGGCCGAUGAGCCGCUGCUCCUCACACCAACAACAAACUGCUCAUCUUUCCUGCCAGUAAUACGUUAACAGGAAGUCUCUAUUGUACACUCAGGCACACAUUUGUUUCCCAUAUUGCUUUUAGUGUUAACCAGAUAGCUUUAGAGGGAUUAAGUAGCAACUUUUUUUUAAGAAUGCAUAAGAUUUCACUUCAAUCAUAAUGCGCUAAUCAAGAUCAAAUUCUUGGGAAGGCUUAGGCAUACUAGUAAGGCAAUAUUGACUCUGUGUUUUGAGGAUUACAUAAGAAGAUCCGUAUUUCACUUCGGUUGUAAUACGCUGUUCAAUAUCAGAUUUUGCGGAACACUCACGUAUACUAGUAGGGCAUUCUUGGCUCCGUAUUGCCUAGUUAUCUCACCAAUAAAAGCUUCAACAUCCA